UUUCUCCUCAAUAAAGUGAAAGCGAAAGUAGAAAAUUUUAUUUACAAUUCCCAAGGUGACCAGGGGAUUUACAUUCCACGUCUUUAUCUAUUGGGGAAUCCAGGAACUUCUGUAAACAGUAUACGGAGAUCCUACUCGGACCAGGUUAGAGUGAUUGUUUUUAACAUAAAUUUACAGUUCCAGUCUUAAAUGUUGGUUGACAUGCCAUCCUUGUGGAAGUUGUCCUAGAUUUAGACGUAUUGGUUCAAAAGCAGUAUUUUUUCAAGAUAAUAGUCAAUACAGCGGACAUAGAACUCAAGAAAUUAUUGCACAACAAUAUUGAGGAUGGGUGAUUGGGAAAUUAUUUCCAACGAAGAAGUAGACGAAUUACGUAGAAUGGUGGAAGAUACCGGAGUACAAAAUCUGCCUAAUUAUAUUUCCAAGAAAGCCAAACAAUGGCAAGAAGUUGAAGUCCAUAUUGCAGUUCUUGGGGAAACGUAUGUUGGCAAAUCAACCUUCAUUAACCAACUACGUAGAGUAGAAGAAUGGGAUGACACAUUUGCUCCUGUUGGGUUAGGAGACACUACAUUGGAGCCCACUGCAUACGAAAAUCCAUACAACAAGAAUAUGGUAUUUUGGGAUUUGCCUGGUGUCGGAACUUUGAAAUUUUCUAAAGACGAAAGCUACUUUAGGACAAUUAACAUUGAGAGGUACGAUUUUUUUAUAAUAAUGUCUGAUCAAUGUUUUUCGGAAAACGAUGCAUGGCUGGCAAGAGAAAUUCGAAAACGUGGCAAGCCGUUCUUUUUCGUUAGGUCUAAACUUGACGAGGAUUUUAAAAGUGCAGAGCAUGAUGGUCAAAGCAUUGAUAAGGCUGUACCGAGAAUAUAUAAAAGCUGUGCAGACAACCUUAGAAAAGCUAAUUUCCGCGAGCCAAACAUUUUUAUCAUAUCGAACUAUAACCAUGAAAUUGGCCAGUUCGACGACUUAAUGAUUGCCAUUUUUCACUCAUUGCCAGAUUUAAAAAAAGAGGCCAUGAUUUUAUCGAUUGGGCCACUCACGCACAAUAUAAUCCGAGAAAAGAAGAAAACUCUCCACAGUAGAGUUUUUAAAAUUGCAGUCAUAUCCGCAGGAGUGGCGGCUAUUCCAGUUCCGGGAUUGGAUGUUAUUGCGGAUCUUGCUAUUAUUGCACACGAAAUCCAUUUCUACAUGUCCGAAUUUGGUCUCGAUGAAGAAUCCCUAAAACAUCUAUGUAAGAAGACGAAAACGAAGUAUGACCAAAUCACUGAAUCUUUGAAACAUUCAAAAUCCCUCCUUACUGAAAAGAAUAUCAUUCGAACCCUUUUCAUGAAGAUUGUGAAAACUCAAGCAGCAGAGCAAGUAGCAGGUAGAUUUGCUAAGUAUAUACCUAUAAUAGGGAGUAUUGUAUCAAGUGGUGUGGCGUACGGAGCUUGUGUUAAAUUUCUAAGAAGUGAAAUUGAUCUCUUGGAACAAGAUGCCCAUACUCUCAUAGAUGUUGUCAUAGAUAAAAACAAGAAACUGUAAAAUAAAUGUACAGAAAGUGUACGUUUUUUGUUUGGUUCGGUAUCGUACUAUAGGUUUAAAUUACUCCUUGAUUCGGUAUCGUACUAGGUUUAAAUUACUCCUUGAUUCGGUAUCGUACUAGGUUUAAAUUACUCCUUGAUUCGGUAUCUUACUAUAGGUUUAAAUUACUCCUUGAUUCGGUAUCGUACUAGGUUUAAAUUACUCCUUGAUUAGGUAUCGUACUAGGUUUAAAUUACUCCUUGAUUAGGUAUCGUACUAUAGGUUUAAAUUACUUCUUGAUUCGGUAUCGUACUAUAGGUUUCCUUGAUUCGGUAUCGUACUAUAGGUUUAAAUUACUCCUAAUAUUUAAAUACCGGCAUGUUGCAGUUGUCGUUUUUGAUGUCUGUUUUCUUUUUUUAAGGAAUUUUCUUACUUUUGUUCUGUGUUAUUUAUUUACAAAUUAUCUAAGCGUUGAUUAAAUCAUAGAAGUAUUGCAUUUUACUUCCAUGGUUAAAUUGAAUUUUGCCGUUUUGCGGUUAGGGUUGUUUAUUUUCAUUUUUUAUAUACAUCUCUUCCGGCCAAUUUGUAUUUAUGGCUAAGGCUUUCUUUUAUAAAAUGGCAUUGAAAGGAACAUGGAAUAAGAUUUGAAUGAAAAUUCUAUUCAAUGCUUAACUAAAUAAUCCAAAUUUAGCAUAACAAAAAAUCAUGACAUCAAAUACUUGUAUCAUGACUGUAAAUAAUUAUAUUAAGCUUUACAAAUGACGAUCGAUCUGUGAUUCUUUUAAUUAUACGAAUUCCAUGGUUCUAUCAAGUAGCCUAAGAGUUUUGUAUGUUUACACUAAAUGCAAUUUAUUUCAUUUUAUUUUAUUAUUUAUAUGUUUAUUAUAUGUUGAUAAUAAUUAAUUUUGUACAUUUUAGUACAUACAAUUACAAACUAUUGACAUUAUUAUUUGAUGUGACUUAUAGGCCCAAAGGGUCGGAUGUUCUAAUAACUGUUUUUAUUUAGUACACUGUAUUAUACACUAUAAUAAAUAAUUUAGUUUACUAGUACAAAAUGAGGCAUUAUGAUUAUACAUAUAAUUUAUUCUCGUAAAAUUGUACAAUUCAAUUUUUUAUACAGGUGUCGGUAUUUUUUAUUGUAAAGUUAUGGUGCUUUUACCAGGUAAAAUAAACAAUAUUUGUUGCUGUAAUUUUGUUUACAUGUAGCGGGUAAAGAAAGACAACUGAAACAAAAUCUUUUUCAAACAUUGCUUUUCUAAAAUGUAUAAAUAAAGUAUUAUGCAUUUUAAUGGCUCCAAUCAGAUUACCAAUGUACUUAACUGUAGUGCCAUAAUGGCUGACGAAUCCCGUCAUCCUUGAACAAGUCCAAAAAUAAACUAUAAGAGUCCAGGUCAAAUUGAGUCCAAAUUUUACGCUUACAUUUCAUCGUAUCUUCAAUUUAAUAUCUAAUCACCUAUAACAAUACAUGACCAAAGGGGGAACAUAUUGUUUGGUCUAACCUUACAUCAAUUGCCGAAUUAACGGUGCAAACACUCUGAUGAUCUUUUAAUGUAAAACUACUAACUGCAUAAAAGAAAGUUUUGAAUCAUAAAACACAAAUUGAUAAUGUAUGCCAAAUAAGUUUUGCUCAUAUUUCAGUUCUGUAUCACAAAAUGGAAGUUUUAUUCAGCGCCUGGGGCAAUUUCUAGACAAACACUAAACUUUUCUGCUUUAUUUACAUUUCUUUGUGUGAUUAAUUGCAUACAAGUAGUUUCCUCUUUUGGUUUGUUUUUUUUUUAUGUGCAGUUCUAUGAAUGUACCAUAUUUUGUUAUUUCCAUAUAAAGAAGUUACCAAAAUAUAAAUAUUUAGAAGAAACAUGGAGUGAAGUUGAUGUAUGUAUAUAUGUUGAUUGCAUCCGUUUUAUUCAAUUGUUUGUUCAACAAACUAUUAGGGAGUUUUUGUAUUGUGUUAUGCGAGUCAUGUGAGUCAUGUUAUAGAAACAUUGAUUGAAUGAUCGUUCGGAACUUCCAGAGUUUUGAGCAAUACUAUCGAAUUUGGAAUGACUAAAUGUGUUAUAUUUUGAUUACUUAUUCCAGUUGUUGAAACGAUUCAAAUUGUUAAAUUUUAGGGAAGAAGAGAGAAUGGGCGAUGUGAUACAAACAAAACUUUUUUGGAUAGUUUAAUAAAAUUUUGAAAUGGACGUCCUACUUGGGAUCUAGGUGUUUCAGUUAAUUUGUUAACGUUGUACAUUAUUAUCACAGGGUUGUACUGUGCGUUUUGGAAAAUAUCUUGUUACAUGCUUAUUGAAAUAUAUUAAAAAUGUUUCUCUCAUCUAUCGCGCUACUUUUAUUUAUUAAGUCUCCCAAACGAAGUUUUUGCUCAGUUAUUAUUAUUAUUAUUCUUCUUCUUCUUCCUCUUCCGCCGCUUUUAAAUUUGAACCUCUUCCGCCAGUUUUAAAUUUGAACCUCUUCCGCCGCUUUUAAAUUUGAACUUGUCCGCACCCGUUCUCCAAAACCGCUUGUCAGAUUAACUUAGGGUUUCACAAUAUGUUAGACUAACAUGUCUAGUGGUGCAAUCAGGGUUUUGUUAGUGCAAUGGGGUUUAUAGUGGGGUACUUUGAGGGGCAAAAAGAAAAGAGGGUUUUACUAUAGAACCCUAUGGGAUUUUAUUUUUUUAGAUUUUUAAAAGAUUAUAAAUUGAAAACCGUUUGUGAUAGACACAAUCUUUUUAAUUGAAAAUGUUCUAAAUGAUAAAACCCAUUUAAUGAAAUACAGGGUUAGUCCCCAGGGGUCACCCCCACCCCCUGCCAUUUAAGAAAGUUCUAAUACCUUGUAAGUUGUCCAGAUCCCCACCCCUAAACCAUAUAUAUUCUGGUUUGUCAUGCUAAGAUGGUUUGAAUGAUAUACAGGGUUAGUCCCCAGGGGUCAUCCUGACCCCCUGCCAUUUGAGAAAGUUCUAAUAUCUUGUAAAUGGUCGAGAUCCCCACCCUUAAACCAUAUAUAUUCUGGUUUGUCAUGCUAAGAUGGUUUGAAUGAUAUACAGGGUUAGUCCCCAGGGGUCAUACCGACCCCCUGCCAUUUGAGAAAGUUCUAAUAUCUUGUAAAUGGUCUAGAUCCCCAUCCCUAAACCAAAUAUAUUCUGGUUAGUCAUGAUAAAGCACAUGCAAUGAAAUACAGGGUUAGUCCCCAGGGGUCACCCCCACCCCAUGCCAUUUAAGAAAGUUCAAUAUCUUGUAAGUGGUCAAGAUCCCCACCCCUAAACCAUAUAUAUUCUGGUUUGUCAUGCUAAGAUGGUUUGAAUGAUAUACAGAGUUAGUCCCUAGGGGUCAUCCCGACCCCCUGCCAUUUGAGACAGUUCUAAUAUCUUGUAAAUGGUCUAGAUCCCCACCCCUAAACCAUAUAUAUUCUGGUUUGUCAUGAUAAAGCAAAUCAAAUGAAAUACAGGGUUAGUCCCCAGGGGUCACCCCCACCCUAUGUCAUUUAAGAAAGUUCUAAUAUCUUGUAAGUGGUCAAGAUCCCCACCCCUAAACCAUAUAUAUUCUGGUUUGUCAUGCUACGAUGGUUUGAAUGAUAUACAGGGUUAGUCCCCAGGGGUCACCCCACUCCCUGCCAUUUGAGAAAGUUCUAAUAUCUUGUAAAUGGUCGAGAUCGCCACCCCUAAACCAUAUAUAUUCUGGUUUGUCAUGCCAAGAUGAUUUGAAUGAUAUACAGGGUUAGUCCCCAGGCAUCACUAAUGCAUAUAACUUUACUGGACCAAACCAAUUUUCACUGGACUUUGCCCAAUGUCAGGCGACCUUGGGAAUUACGAAUUAUGGGAGCUUCGUUUGGGAGACUUCGUAACAGCAUCCUGUUACAAUCAUUUCUUGUUUGUAAUUGUUUUCACUAAUUAGGUCUUUCCACUUUUCCGUGGAAAGACCUAUUGCUUUUGUUCUGAUUAUUAUUAUUAUUAUUAUUUUAUUUUUUUUUUCUUCCGCCUAAUUUUUUUCUUGCGUAGUAUUGUUGUUUCAUAAGAUGUCGCUUAGAUAUUUGAUAUAUAAUAUCGAACAGUUGAUACGCUUUUGAAACUGACAACCGCUUAACUGAAUACUCUACGUUGUAAGAGUUAUCUCCCCAAACACUGUUUUUCUUGUGGCCACUACUCCUUCGCAACCGUAAAAGAUUAGGACAAAUUUUUUUUACCAAAUUGCUCGCUAUAUCUUCAGGAUGUUGAGUUUGGUUUUCACCGAAGCGUUCCGGAGACUCCAUAUGAGAGUUAUUUCCCCUUAUGCAUUUUAUAUAAGUGAUAUGCAUUUCUAACUGGUAAACCAUAAGUGAUAGAGACCUAAAAAAAUAAUUUGGUCAAGGUCAAAGGUCAAGGUCAUAUUCUAAAUUUUGAUUUUGGCUUAUUUUCACUUCUUUUCAAAAACAGUAUAAGUUAUCGACAACAUAUUAUUACUAAAUUGUUAGUUGCGACAUGUCGUAACACAUACAUUUUGGUUUAAAGGGUGCGCUAACAUUAAAUUAGAGUUUUCUCCCCUCUUGUAUUUAAAAAUACGCGUAUGGUGAUAUAACUCAUUAACCAUAUAUAACUAAGACCUAGAGUCUUUUGAUUUGAGGUCCUUGGUUUAUGACCUUGAAAUUGAGCUCAAGGUCAUAGGUAAAUUUGACGUUCUAGAUUUUGACCUUUGCUUUUACCUCAUAUGUAUACAUGAUAAAGCCAUGGGACUUUUUGCAUUAGGUUGCAAGCCAUUUGACCUUGAAAAAUCCAACCGGAAGUGACUAUGUGUAAACCGGAAGUAGCUAUUAUUUGUACUUAUUUAAUAUAAAAGUAUAUAGAACCAUUUAUUUUUGGAAUCAGUGUCAAGUAAACAUUCAAAUUAUACCGGAAGUAACAAAUUAUCUCCCUUAUUAAAAAAAAAAAUGUAUAAUAACCAUACAUUUUUGGAAUCAGCGUACAAUAAGCUAUCAAAUGACGCUGGAAAUGACAUUUUAAACCAAAAUUUUAAUAUUUUUAUAUCAAAAUAGAUCUUUAUGGGUGGAAAGACCUUCAAUUGUUCUCCGAACAAUUGGUUUUUAAUUAUUAAUGUGUUCCUUGUUACAAAUAAACAUUUAUUAUUGCUUA